AUGUCACUUGAGCAGAAGAAACGAGUUUGCUAUUUUUAUGACGCCAAUGUUGGAAACUACCAUUAUGGACCUGGCCAUCCCAUGAAACCCCACCGCAUUCGAAUGUGUCACGGGCUUGUAAUGAAUUAUGGCCUUUAUAAAAAGAUGGAGAUCUAUCGCGCCAAACCUGCCAACAAGUGGGAGAUGACUCAAUUCCAUACGGACGACUACAUUGACUUUCUAUCGCGUGUCACGCCUGAAAACAUGGAACAAUAUCCUAAAGAACAAGCAAAAUUUAAUGUAGGAGACGAUUGCCCUGUUUUCGAAGGAUUGUUUGAAUACUGUGGACUCAGUGCUGGUGGAUCUAUGGAGGGCGCUGCACGACUGAACCGCGGCUUGUGUGACAUUGCCAUCAAUUGGGCUGGCGGUUUGCACCACGCAAAGAAGGCAGAGGCAUCCGGAUUCUGUUAUGUAAAUGAUAUCGUGCUUGGCAUUUUGGAAUUAUUACGAUACUAUGCCCGUGUGUUGUACAUCGACAUUGACGUGCAUCAUGGUGAUGGUGUGGAAGAAGCCUUCUACACUACCGAUCGUGUCAUGACCGUUAGUUUCCACAAAUACGGCGAGUUUUUCCCUGGCACGGGUGAACUCAAGGACGUGGGAGCUGGCCGAGGAAAAUACUAUAGCGUAAACUUCCCACUACGCGACGGAAUCGAUGACGAAAGCUACAAAUCUGUUUUUGAGCCGACAAUUGAAAAAGUGGUUGAAUGGUACCAGCCAUCUGCUAUCGUUCUACAAUGUGGUGGUGACUCGCUAAGUGGUGAUAAGUUGGGUUGCUUCAACCUGUCGAUGAAGGGGCACGCCAAUUGCGUAGAAUUUGUGAAGAAGUUCAAUUAUCCUACUCUUGUGCUUGGUGGAGGAGGCUACACAAUGCGCAACGUUGCAAGAGCAUGGGCAUAUGAAACCGGUGUUGUAGUAGGCGAAGAUAUUGGACCAGAAAUGCCGUACAACGACUACUAUGAGUAUUUUGGCCCCGAUUACAGAUUGGACGUGCGCCCAAGCAAUAUGGAGAACAUGAACACCCAAGAUUACCUGGAAAAGAUAAAGGUACAAGUGUUCGAGAAUCUUUCAAGGACGAUGUUUGCUCCUAGUGUCCAGAUGCAAGGUAAGUUUGUGUUUGUAUGUGCACGUAUCAUAAUCAAAGGUUAUGGAGUAUAG